AUGCAGAUAAUCCCACUAGACGGGGGCGUUGGGGGGGAUGAAGUCGCAGAUAUCGAGCGUCAACCCGUGUUUGUUGACUUCAAUUACCCUCACGACCCUCGCUUGCCGCUCAACUGGCCGCUGGCCAAAAAAGUCUACGUCCAGGUUGUCUUGGGGCUCUUCAUCCUGGUGGGCACUAUAACCACCAGCAUCAUGGGGCCUGCUCAGAGGAUGAUCACCGCAGAGUUUCAAGUUGCUGACGAGGUGGCUGUUCUCAACACGAGCUUGUUCAUGGUCGGCUACAUCGCGGGAUUUCUCGUAUUCGGCCCCCUCUCGGAGAAGUUUGGCCGAAAGUGGCCCCUGAUAACGGGCAUGGGCGCCUCCUCCGCCUUCAGCGCCAUGCCGGCGCUCGGCCGAGACACGGCCACCAUCCUCGCCGGCCGGUUCCUCGCCGGCUUCUUCGGCGUGGCGUGCAUGGCCGUGAUGGGCGGCGUCGCCAGCGACUGCUUCACGCUGUCUCACCGCGGCGUGGCGAUGCCGGUCGUGGUCGCCGUCGUCUUCCUGGGCCCGACUUUCGGCGCUGUGGUCGGAAGCGCCGUCGUCGCGCUGUCGCCGAGCUGGAGAUGGACCUCGGGCGCCGUCGCCAUCGCCGGGUUCGUCCUGAGCGCGGCGUCCUGCGUUGCGCUCCCAGAGACGUACCCGCCAGCGAUCCUCCGCAGCGAAGCGGCGCGCCUGCAGAUGAACAGCGGGGUCCUCGAGGUCAGAUCAGCCCUGGACAAGGAAGGGUUCACACUCGAGCACAUCGCUCGCGUUUACUUGAUCCGGCCUUUUUGGCUCCUCGCUACGCAGCCGAUCCUCGCCCUCCUGACUCUGUACCAAGCCUUCCUGCACGGCGUGCUGUUCCUCUUCUACCAGUCCUACCCCUACCUGUUCGGGACCAUCAGAGGCUGGCCGCAGCAGCUGAGCGCCCUGCCGCUCCUCGGCAUCAACGCCGGCGUGCUCGUCGGCACCGCCGGGAUCAUUCUCUACAACCAGCUCUACUUUAGGCACCUACACCACGUCGCUGCGGAGGUCGCCGACGGGGCGUACAUCCCCGAGGCGCGACUGCCCCCCAUGAUCCUCGGCGGCGUGCUCAUACCCGUCGGCCUGUUCUGGUACGCCUGGACGUCGAGCCCCGAGAUCUCGUGGGCCAGCACCGCCUGCGCCAGCCCCCUCAUCGGCUGCGGCAUGUACCUCGUCUUCAUCCAGGGCUUCAACUACAUCGUCGACUGCUACACCUCCAUGGCCAACGGCGCCAUGGGCAUCAACGGCUCGGUGCGCUGCAGCUUCGCCGCCGCCUUCCCGCUCUUCGCGUCCCAGAUGUUCCGCGAGCUCGGCGUCGCGUACGCGACCACCGCCCUGGGCGCCAUCAGUGUCUGCCUGGUGCCUGUGCCGGUGUGCUUCUGGUACUGGGGCGACCGCAUCCGUUCAUGGUCACGUAGACGUAUUGUAGUGUAG